UGGCUUUCUUAUUUGUAGUGAAAAUAAGGGUGAUACGGCUGCCAAGUAAUUAGUCUAUGAGGGUUCUGCAUGGGUGGAAACGAACUGUUCGUUUUCAGGUUUGAACGCGUGCGGCUCGUUUCGCCUUACAUGGAAGGUGUUCGAUUUACAAAUAACAUCAGCAUACAGCCAUGUCCGAGUCUACACAAAACCUGCACGACCCAGCAACGGAGACCCACCUGGAGGAGUCUUCCGCUGAACCAGACAAUGCCCUGGAAACUGUUUUACCCGAUUAUCAGCCGUGAAACUAUCAUCUCGCUAUCCAAGGCGACCGCAAUCAAUUUCAUCCUUCCUUUUAUCAAUGGAGUGUUCCUAGGCUUUGGCGAGAUUUGUGCGCACGAGCUGACCUACCGCUGGGGCUGGACAAAUUCAGCGCAUGUGGUCAGUGUUCCAGGAAGGCGUCCUGCAAAUGCAGGAGACGUGGGUGUCCGUGCUGCAGGUGUGUCUGGUGCAGGAUCCGUUGGCUCUGUAUCGGGUACGCAAGGGCCAGGAUAUGCGGGUAGUCGGUCAGGCAUUGGUGGAUUAGGACGGUUCGAGGAUGAGAUUGACUUGAACAAGACCACUCGCCGAUAGUCCUAGAAUGCUCGACAAAGAGAGACAUCAGCGGCUGAACCCCUGCAGAGAUAGAAUACGCGAAAUAAAUUGGUCAAACCCUGAAUCGAACCAAGGCCUAUUCCA